AAAGGGGAGAGACAUACAAUUGGAAUCGCACUGUUCUAGAUAGGAGCUCCAGCAGCUCUGCACCUCAUGUAAAGAGACACGGUUUGAACCCUUUUAAGCUAAUCCGAAGGUAAUCGUAGAAAUUGUGCGUAGUGCAUCACUUUAGUUGAGCAGAAGCCAUGGGGAGGGGUGGGGAGGGGCUCGAACCACAAAUCUGUUGUAUUUUUGAAGUGCAAUAACUUGGUGUUUUUGAAGACUUAAAAAGGGCUGCACAUUCCCUUUGCGUUGAGGCGGCUUCGUUUCUGGAGGUGGUGGCAGUGACCUGCAGGACAGCCGGACGCCUGGCCCAUGAGGAGCAGCAGGGCAGGGGGGCGAGGGCCUUCGACAAAGGUGCCAGGUGGGGGAAUCUCAGUUUCUAGCCAACUACCUCGGUAAACUCCAAUUCAGGUUUCUUUCAGUCACGACCCAGUGCACGGCCCAGCACCGGCGCUGCUGGCGGCACUCCUGGCGCAGGGGGGUGAGGACAGAGCCGAGGGACGAUGCGUGGAGCCCUGCGACCACGUGUUAACAGCCUCUGGACUUCCCACUUCUCUGUUCAAGACUUUGGUUCCAGACCCAAAGCUACUGCUAUGCUCUUGGUGGCAAAACUUGUUCCUUUUGAGUUUGCAAACGGGGAACCUUUUUGACUUAUCUUAGGGAAUUGUUUGUCAUUCACUUGACGCUUCUGAACUCUCUUUUGCUUUGGACCUCGUUGGCUUUUCUCAGCUGUAGAGGCAGGAACAAAGGGUGGGAGCAGGUUGUUCUGUGGCCAUGCCCAGUGCAUCAUCCACUUGUGCUGUAUGGAGACCUCUGGCUGAGAGGUGGCAUGAGGGAGCUGCUGUUCCCGGCUGCCAUCACGGUCCCAACCCUCCUGCCUCCCCUUGGGCACCAAACCCAUCCCUGCACCUAGGGGAAAGCAAAGCACAGCCAAUGUCACCUCACCAGAAAAGCCACCGAGGUCCACCCAGAGCCAUGUGGAUCCCUUGUGGUGAUGCCCAAAAGUACAGAAUUGAUUCAAAUCAACAAAAACUUGAAGGCAAAAGGGGGUUUGGGGGUGUUGAACCCCCCAAGGUCCCCUCAGCAUCCUAUGGGCGCAUCGUGGCGGGGGGCAGCCGCACCACGAGCCCCCCCCAGCGAUGCUCUCGCUUGUUCAAUGUGGACUUCCCUUUUCCUUCUCUUUUCCUUCUGUUUGUGUCUGGAGCAAUACGUUGUCAGGGCUCAGCGGGGUGGGCAGGGGGUGAGAGCAAGCGUGGGUAGGGCUCAAAGCGUUGGGGUUCGCUGUCUGAAGGUCGGUGGCUCAGUCCCUGGCUACACGGUAGCUUUAGAGUCCACUUUUUGUCCCUAAUAUUUGUGUUCUAAUUUAAUUGCUUCUUACAUUUUCCAGGCCAAGCCACUGUUUGGAAACAUCAUGGUUGUGUUACUGCUUUUUGUGUUUGAGUUGGCCAGCUCUUCCUGUACAUAUGUUUGUUUGCUUAUAUCCCCUUUCUUUCUUUUUUGUUGGUGUUUUUUUUGGUUCUUUUUUUUUGUAAAGAGAAAAAAAAAGAAAAAAAAAAGAAAAAAAAGAAAAAAUACAAAAAGAAAAUUAUUUUUCUUUCCCUCAGUACACAUUCUUCAAAGUUCAAAUUAUAGUGUUUGUUAAAUAAAAAGAAAGAUUUACAUUUAACACGGUGUUGCCUUUGGCUCAAUGGGCUUUCUCCUCGCCCCACAACCAGCUCCAUGGGGGGUUUAUGGAUGCAGCAUCGGUGCCACUUUGAAUUCCUCCACCUCCAUUGGCUUAAUCAUUUUAUUGAUGAGGCUUAAAGGUCCAAAUCCCGCUAAAGCCACAGCUUUGCCAGAUAAACACCCGCUUUGGAGGCAGCCCGUUUGUGAAAACACAAUUAGCCAAGGCUCUAAUCUGCACUAAUUACCGCCUGGGCCCGCAGCGCUGCCACUGGGACCAUGGGGGACGCGGGGCCCGGGCACCAGCGCCCGCCCGGGGCAUCCUUCACCAUUGAGUACCUGCUGUCAGCGCAGGGGGAUGUGGGGCUCAGCCCUCAGCCCCCCGGCCGCAGCCCCACGGCACCAUCCCGGCCCCCGGCAGAGCCCGGGGACAAACCGGCGCAGUCCUACAUCGCCCUCAUCUCCACUGCCAUCCUCUCCUCGCCCGAGAAGAAGCUGCUGCUCUCUGACAUCUACCAGUGGAUCAUGGACCAUUACCCCUACUUCAAGAACAAGGAGAAGAGCUGGCGCAACAGCGUCCGCCACAACCUGUCCCUCAACGAGUGCUUCGUCAAGGCCGGACGCAGCGACAACGGCAAAGGCCAUUUCUGGGCCAUCCAUCCGGCCAACCUGGAGGACUUCGCCAAAGGGGACUACCAGCGCCGGCGCGCGCGGCGCCGCGUCCGCAGGGUGAACGUCGGCUUCUACCACCCCUAUGCCCUCUACGGCUGCUGCUGCCCCUGGUGCCCCCCGGCACCCCCCGUGCCCCCCAUGGCCCUGCCGCCUGCCCCCCAACGCACCCGCUGGGCAUGGGGGCGGCUUCCUGCCCCCUGGGGUCCCCUCCUGCCCCGGGCCCCCUUUCUGUAGCCCCCACCCUGCUUGGGGCUCCAGGGCAGCCCUGAUGGGACCCCCCCCGAACUGGGGCAGGAUCAGCUCAGGGAUGCUCUGGACAUCACCCCCAACAAAUGGAGUCACCCAUGGAGGGGUCCCUGCCACCCCCCUCCCCUUCCCGGCCAGCAUAGGCACAUAUGGGGCUUAGACCCACCAGGCCCCUGCCCUAAUUAUCUCCUCGCUAAUUGUCCCUGACGCCCCUAAUGAGCCUCGCGUCUCCCAGGUGUUAAGUGGUAUUAGGGCGUCUCGCUGGGGAAGGCGACUUGGCCACUAAAUCCCAGGAGAUAAAACCCCAAAGCCCUUCGUGCUCCGAGAAAUAGGAAGCUUAUGACACAAGGUAAUCCCUAAUGUGGA